AUGGCAGAAGUAUUGGUGCUAACGUAUUCGGGUCAGGUGUCAAUUCCUACGUCGCUUGAAGUCGCUUCUGUUGAACGAUUCUCUUCCUUUAAUGAUAUAUUAACCGUACUUUUCAAAAGAGGAAACAUCGAAACCGAAAUAAACCAUGCCACCGUUGUUGUUUUAGACGAUGGCAAACCGUCAUCAUCAUCGUUGUCCAAAUUAGAUGGGCUAAGUUUUGAAGAUAAACAGAUUAUCUUGACGCAAUUCUUUUCCCAUAUUCACCCCAUAAUUCUUGCACUGUCUUUGUUGGAAGAACAGGCCAAAAACGUAAACAAAGCCAUCAAAGUUAUCGAUGCCUUUAUCGGCCAACGAAUUGUUCGUGUUGAAAGUUGGACAGGAACAGGCAAAAAGAAUAUUGAUGAUUAUUCUGAAACCACGAUCCCUUCAUCUGUUCCAGUAUUAUUGAAUGAAUUCCCCUUGGAUUCAACUGUUAAUACCAUGCAAAGCAUUCUUUCUCGGAGUACGGGAACGUCACCGUUUAAAUUGGGUCAUUUGCAACUUUUAUUCCUGAUACUUGUUGAAGAAAUCGACUUUCUAUCACUUUUAAGUAAUACUUCUCAAGCUCAUUUAGCCAAACUUUGUCAUUUGGUCGGCCAUUGGUCAUUUCCGGCCAAUGAAUUAUCCAAUGAUGAUUUGGUAUACUGUGCUUAUUUGAUAUUACACUAUGCAUUACAGUUUCAAAAUACUACGAAUACAGAUUUACAUAUUCCUACAAAGAAUGAGUUGUUAUGUCUUUUGUUCUUGGUUAGAGAUUGUUAUAGAUGUGGAUCACCUUUCCACAAUUUCCGUCAUGCGGUUGAUGUUCUACAAGCAUGCUUCCAUUAUGUUGUACGCCUUGAUUGCUUGCCUAUUUUUAAACAGUUUGAAGUGAAUGUUAAGCUGGAUGAAUGUGGGUUUCUUAAUUCUACCAGAAGAACUUAUGAUGUGGUGGAAUUGGCUGCUUUACCCAUUAAAAUCAGUUAUAAAUAUUUGACUCCUAUUGAACUGUUGGGAUUAUUGGUUGCAGCAUUAGGACAUGAUGUUGGACAUCCUGGAGUUACCAAUGCAUUUAUGAUCAAGUAUAACUCACCCAUUUGUCAAAUAUAUAAUGGUCGGUCAGUGUUGGAGAAUUAUCAUACCGCAGUAUUCACGUCGAAAAUUCUUUCAGUUGGAUGGCCAUCAAUUUUAAACCAGAAAACUGAUGAGGAUAACGAAACCAUUAAGAACUUGAUUAUAUCAUCGAUUUUGGCUACAGAUAUGGCUGAACAUUUUGAGUAUAUUGAUCGGUUGAAUAAAUUUGAUUAUGCCAAUUCCAAUCAUCCUCAACGAGCAAAAUUAAUCCUGGCACUUUUGAUUAAAUGUGCCGAUAUUUCUAACGUCACUCGUCCUUUAAGAGUUAGUUCCCAAUGGGCAGUUACACUUUCUAGAGAGUUUGAUGAGAUUGCCAAGUUGGAAGAGCGGAUUUCUUCGUCCUCAACACCAGCAAAUGAACAUGAAGAAGUUAGGUAUAAUAAGGUGCCUCUGAAAUUGGAGGAUAUCUUGGACGCUAAUCCUAUGAUCCAUAAAGGUCAAAUCUUCUUUAUUAACACGUUUGCUGAAAAGCUAUUCAAUAAUGUCGUCAAAUUGUUACCUGAACUACAAUACACUUGCAACAUUAUUAGUGAGAAUAAGGAAUUUUGGCUCGCCCGAGAUUGA